CAAGGCGUUUUUGCAAAUUCGUCUCUUUUGUCAACGCGCAUUCGCCUGUUCAUACUCUGCUCUGUUUACUAUCCCUAGGCUGCACAGCCAGCUGCACACUGCCUUCUAUCACGUAUACACGCACACACGCGCACAAAGAGGACGCCAGAGAGAGAACAGCCAUACAUCGUACAUAUUUCACAGCUAGUAUACGCGCAUGUCCAAAACCAAGCAGUUCCCGCACCCGUCAGCACCAACAAUAGCCAGGACAGCGUCUUCCAGCAGCAAACAGAUCACGGCGGUUUCGACAGCACCAACCGCAGUAACCAGCAGUAGCAUCACAAAGACUCAGUGGAUGGGAAAGGCGCCUCGUGUUGUUGCCAGUAACAAGGCCCCACCGCCCCGCAAAUCGUUUGGUAGGAAUGCAAAGGGCCACAACAGCCACGGCAAGAGUGCGCAGACUGGCGACAGCGCCCAGCGGAGUCCAAUUAGCACAGCCAUGUCUGACGAGGAGGAUGCGUCUGACCUGAGCGGUCUGGGCGAGUCGCCAAAGCCCCAGCAGUCGCGUAGCAACAGCCCGGGCAGGUUUCCGGUGAAGCCGCGAGGCGGCAAGGGUGGGCGCAGAGCCCCAGGCCAACGCACUGUAUUUGGGUCUGCUGAUGAGGCCGAGGAUGAGUUUGAUUUCCCGCGAGGCGGAAUCGAGGGUCCACGGCAGCUGCAUUGCGUGUGCCGGCGUGGAUUUGUUGAAAACGAGGCGAUGGUCAAGUGCGUGGACUGCCAAGAGCUCUUCCACGGAUCGUGUGUUGGAAUCUCGCCGGCUACUGCCAGUGCAAUGCCUGGGUAUGUGUGCGAGGUGUGUCUCAAGUAUGACCCCGGACGGAUACGCGCGCCCGGCACAAUUCUGGGAGCCGGGGACAGGGUGGCCUCUGCGGAGCACACGCCAGAGGCAUAUGCACCGGCCGCGGAGAAGAAAGCGAGGCGGAAAAAGAAGAGCAAGCGUGCGACGCACGCGGACGACAGCGACGAUAUAAUAUACCUGAAUCCGAGGCCGGCCGCCGAUCCCAGUGUCCAGACGGUCGAGCCCGCGGCUUUGCCGCCUGCCAAUCAAGCUGCACUUGCAGCGUUUAUGAGUGCGGCAGGCGAUAUGGAUGACGACGAUAUCUGCCCGAUUUGCGAGGAUGAAUGCACGUGCGGUAAUGCCCGGGCAAACGAGGCUGCAGGCGAAAUGCAGAUGCCGCUGUUCUCGGAGGUCACCAAAGAGAUUCGCCAAAUCGACUUUGAGGUUGUUGACGACAGCAGCGAUAGCCAGCGGGCAUCGACAAAGGCGAAGGCGAAAUCCAAAGAGCCCAAAAAGGCAAAGUCGCGGCGGACGAAAAAGUCGAAAAAGUCAGAGCGCAACCUCAUUUCGCGCCUGGUUGACGCCAUGGACAGUGCGGAUGCUCCUGCGAUGGGCGAUUCCGGGGAAGAGGAGACGUUCAGUGCGGAGAACCUGCCGAUGCCCGAGGGCGGAUUUACACUGUCGUCAGGAAGCGAUGGUGAAGGCAAUGGCCGGUCAUUUGUGGCAGCUGCCGCAUCUAGACCCUCUCUUGAUUUAGAAUCCGAAGGCGUUGUCGAGCGUCGCGAUAGCUUGAGCCUGGCGCAGAUUGGCGGCCCGACCAAGGACUAUGAGUCUGAGGCGGAGUAUGUCGAGCAGACCAAGACCAAGAAGAAGACAAAAAAGACCAAAUCAAAAGCGAAGUCGACAAAGACGGGCCGGCGAACGAAAAAGACUCCCGAUGCUAGUGGCACGCCUGGCAGCUGGCGCGGCCGUGGAGCGCGGCCAAAGUUCAGCAGCACAUAUAGUGAUGAUGAGCCAGCAAUCUACGAGGUCGACGCGGCAGUGAUCCAUGGACGCAAUCGCAAUACUGCUCCUGCGCGGCGACCCAGAGCCGCCAUCUCUGAGGAGGACGAUGAGAUUAUCAACAUCACUGAUGUGACCAGCGACGCCAGCGGCGGAUUCCCCAGCGAGACCGAGUUCGACCGGCCAGACACUACAGGCGAGAUGUUUGCGCAGCGCCACGAGUGGAGCGACUCGAACAUGCUGGGGGACGACAGCAACCUGGAGCAGGAAGAAGAGCGGUACCUGGCGCAGAUGUCGGAUAGCGACCUUUCGUCGUCGAGUCUCAGUGACCUUGAUGAUGCUCGGCUGGCAGCACUGGACAGCGAGAUGUUUAGCGGAGAUGAGGGCGAUACCGAGAGUGACUACAGCGAAUCCGAACAGGAGCUGACAUUCCGCCGGCCCAAAACUGACGAGGAGAGGGCACUGCUAGCCCAGACCGGCUCCGAUGACGAGCGCGAGGAUGCGAUGCUGGAAAUGCACCUCGACCAGCUGCAAGCAGUGCGCUCGGUCAUUGGUGGAUACUCGUCGCCGCUGCUGGAGCAUGCUAGCGAGUCAGAUACCAGCGAGGGCGAGGUUGACCGUGAAAUCACAUUUGCGUACGACCCUAGCCGGGCAGCUGGCAGCGAUUCAGAUACGCGGCUCUCGGACGAUCUGAUGGAGGGCUGGGGCUCGGAUGCGCGCAUGCGGUGGGAGCUCGAAUCUGACGGAUCGAGCGACUCGUCGAGCUUGAGCGAGUCCAAGAUCAAUAAGCUGCGGCUCAAGGACGAGGACGAGGAGAGCGAUGUGUUUUCAAGCGACUCGUACGAUGCAUAUGACGACUACUAUGCGCGCGACUCGUACAUGGACGACCAAUCGCUGUAUCCGGGAGAGCUCGACAUUGACAGUGCGUCACUGGCGCUGGGCGUGGCAAUGAGCAUGGAGCAGCAGGGGUAUUCGAAGGAAGAUGCCGAGGCAGCGGCGGCAGUGGCAGCUGUCACUGCAGCAGCGUAUCCGGACGCAUCGGCCAACGGCGAUUCCACUAGCGAUAUCCUUGACAAGCGCGCAGCGACUACUAUCAUUGCCUCAAUGAAUGCCAACGGCGAGGCUGAUCCAAUCGACGGCAUUGUGUCAAUCAAAUCGCGUAGUGCUGGUGGCGGCAGUGCCGCGCGGUCUGGGUUCAUGAGCCCGGCGGGCAUGCGCACUGGUGCGCAUACGCCGUUCGGCAACCCCGGCUGGCGGGCAGCAGCCUCAGCGUUCCUGGAUGGCCAAAAGCCGCAGCCCGCAGUGUCGUAUGUGCUGCCCAAGGAUCUGAACGAGGCCCGCGAUCCCAACGUCGUGGCGUCGGUGAUAGCCAGCGCCGUCAACACUGGCGAUGCCAGGAAUACCCCAGAGCCUGCCGAGGCUCUGGACUCGCUUGUCAAUCCGUCCAAGCAGGACGACGAUUCGGCAGUUGAGGUCGAGGAUGCACCGAUGACACCGGCUCCGGCCGAUGACAGCCAAAAGCCAAAGCCCACGUCUUCUGCAUCACCCGGUCAUUUCAACAGCCAUUUGCCGAACUCGUCCUUCUACAAGCCGUUGUCGUCGAUCUGCACGCCGCUAUCUCGCACCGCUUCCAGUAGCAACGUCAGUCAGCCGAUGGGCGACAAACCCAAGAGCGAAGGCAUAUCUCCGGCGUCGACCAAGGCUGCGGAGAGAGGCGAGCCAUCGGCUGCUGCUCCCAUGCCCGCCAGCAGCGCCGCUGCAGUUGCUGCUGCGACGGCUACAGUUGCCGAUUUCUGCUCUGGUGCGCCGCUGGUGUCGCUGGCUGAGGUCAAUGCCGCCCUUACAGCGCUGGCCGAGCAGGUGUCUACGAGCCCCUCUGUUGUUACGCCCGCAGUCAUGACCACCAACACCACCGAUGGUGUCUCGUUGAAGCGCAAGAUGUCGAGUAGCGUCGAGCCAUCGGACAUGGGACAGACUGAUGCGGUAUCGGAGAAUAAGCGCCGGCGCAGCAGUACCGAGCCCACGACAGGUGCCAGCGCAGACCAGCCCAUCACUGAUCCCAGCACUCCGAUUGACCUGUCGAUGCUCUUUGGUACGGGCAGUGCAUCGGCAGCAGCGUCGCUUGGGCCUGGAACGCCGAUGACUCAGAUGAUGAACGCGCGUGACUCGCCAAUGGGUGUGGUUGCCCAGACGCGCAAGUCGUACCAGAGCGAAGAGGACGACUGGCUGGCGACCAUGGACCAGCUGGUUGACACCGAUGCUCUGCUGAUCGAGUCGCCGCCACCUUCGCCGGCCGACGGCGCCAGCUCGGAUGCGACAGAUAUCUCGCAGCAGCUCUCCUCGUCGCUAGCUAGCCGGAAGUCAGUAGCCGAUCCAUUGGCUCGCUGGGACCGUAUUCCGGUCAACAUCUUCCGCCGCUCGCGUGCCCUGGCAUCAACCCACGGGCGCCACGCCAUGAUGGGCGCCGACAGUUCUCCCACCAGCAUGUCGUCGCUGGCGCUGACUGCGAUAAAGUCCAACCGGCAGCGCCGGGCGCUUGUCAAUACCACGCUGCUGGCUCAGCACACGCUGCCGUCGGAGGCACUGCUGCACCGCCAGAAGAUGAAGGGUGUCCGCCGUGCCGCCGGCUUUGGAGCAAUGCCUCCGCCGCCUCCACCGCCCACGCCCAGGGGCACCGUGGUAGACCUGGCCAAUCCGGCGGGCACACUGGCUUCGCUGUUGCUGAAGAGCGGCGCUAGUCAGCAGCCCGAUGCCAGUGUUUCCGUGGACGGCCUGACCCGAAACCACAGUGCACCUGGAUUAAACGCCAGCACAGCGACGCGGGCAGCAGAUACGGUGCAGAAAGGAACGGGCACCCCCUGGGAGCUGUCCAGCCAGGUGUCGGACAACUCUGUGGCCACGGCCAACUCGGCUGACGCGGCAACGGGCGGGAAGCAGAGGCGUCGUGGGUCGACGCGCAGCACCCGCACCGGGUCGGCGUCGAGUGGCAGCGAUUAUGUAUUCGGAUGGCUCGAGGACGAAGAUGAUCUGGCGCUGUUUGCCAUGCCGGAGCUGGCGCCCGGCGGCGACCCGACACCCCGGGCUAUGGUCCUGGCAUCGGCCAGUCCAAUGAUGAUGCCGUUCAAGUCGCCCACCUCCAGUGGCAACGAUGUCAACGGUGGGUCGGAUCCGCACUUUGCUCUGUGAAAAAUGGCAGAGGUUGUUUCUCUAAAAAAACACACAUUUUCUUUCUCGUAACUAAUUAUUAUCUCUUUCCCGUCUGCAUGUAAAACAAUUUUAUUUUUAUGAAAUACUAGAAAUACUCUGC